AUGAAAUUUACAAUUCUCUUUGUUAUUUUAAUUGCUUUUUCAAAUGCCUAAGAAGAUUCUCCAGGAACAUCAGCACCAAUGUAACUAGAAGUGGAACAGUUGGAUAAUACUGAUGAACGAGAAGAAAAUGCAGGCAUCUUUUAGGGAAAGGAAUUAAAAAAAGGAAUGGGACCCAUGGAUCAAUUCUUCCUCAAAGAUCUUUUUGAAACCAUCACCUCAGCAUUUGAUGAUUUUGCAGACAAUCCAAAUGAUUCAACCUUUUUAUAAAGCAAUCAAUAAUCAUAACAAAUAAACGAAUCAGAUGAAAGUGUUAUUUAAUUUGAAAGCCCUAUGUUAGGCUUAUUUAAUCCUUUAUUUUCGAUAUUUUCAACUGAAGGAGACUCUGAUUUUGUUGAAAUAGAAACUAUUUCGAUUAAUGGAUAAACUUAAACUAAGGUAACAAAAACAAGUACUAGAAAUGGGAUCACCACAACUACAACAGAAAUAACAACAUAAACACCUAUUUAAGAGUUAAACUCAGAUUAGGCUAAUAAACUUUCUGAUGACUUUUAGCUUUUUGAAAGUCCAAUAACUGAUGAUGUUUUAAAUAAAUCAGAAAUCAUAUAAUAAUAAGAUGAGACAGAAUAAAUAACUCAAGUGAAUCUAGGUAUAAAUCAAUUAAAUCAAUUUAAUAGAUAACUUGGAUUCAAUAUAAGAAUUACAUUUAAUAUAAGAUAAUUACGUAAAAAAUGAUCAACAAGUUAACCUUCCACUAUAAGCAGAUAAUAACCUUGCAUUAAGAAUUACUAUUGUAUGUGGAUUAUCUUUAGCAGCAGUUAUAGGAUUUUUAAUUAAGAAGUGUGCUUUUAAAACUAAAUGA